AUGACAGAGUCGGUUGGUAUUAUAGGUGCUGGUCUGGUAGGCUGUCUUGCAGCAUUGGCUUUUGCUAAGAGAGGCUAUAGGGUGACGCUUUUUGAUUACAGGGCUGAUCCUCGUGACGAAGCAACGACCGACAGAAAUCUGAGAUCAAUAAAUCUUGCAAUUUCUAGUCGAGGCAUCAGUUCUUUGGAAUUUGUCGAUGAUGAGGUUGCUAAAAGGGCUCUAAGAGAUAUCAUCCCCAUGAAAGGACGUAUGAUUCACGAUUCAAGUGGACGACAGGAAUCUCAGAUCUAUGGAUUGUUUGGCGAGGCAAUCAAUUCUAUAGACCGUGGACUUUUGAAUAACAAUCUUCUUGAUGAGCUAGACAAAUAUGACGGUACAAAUGAUAUAAAUCUUAUGUUUGAUCAUAAACUGGUCAAGAUCGAUUUUGGAGAAAAACAACAAGAGUGUUUAUUUGCAACGACCAAUUAUGGUAUGAAAACCUACGAUUUCGAUUUUGUUGUCGGUUGUGAUGGGGCUUAUUCUGCCACAAGAUACCAAAUGCAGAAACAAGUAAGAUUGAAUUACGCGCAGGAGUAUAUUGACUGUUGCUACAUCGAGUUAUACAUUCCACCUUCGCCUGAGUACAACUCUGAAUUCAAUGGGCCAUUUGCUAUUGCACCUGAUCAUCUCCAUAUCUGGCCUCGUGAUGAAUUCAUGCUCAUCGCGUUACCGAACGCUGACGGUUCGUUUACUUCCACCUUUUUUGGUUCCUGGGCCCUAGUGGAGUCUUUAGUUCCGUCAAAGAACAAAGUGGAAGAGUUCUUAUUGGCGAAUUUUCCGGAUGCAAUGGAGUUGAUGGGUAUUGAAAAUGCUGUCCGGUCAUUCAUGGAUCAUCCCAAGGGAGCCUUGAUGUGCGUCGAGUGCAAUCCAUACCAUGCUUCCGGUGGCAGAGCUAUCAUUCUUGGUGAUGCUGCUCAUUCAAUGGUGCCAUUUUAUGGUCAGGGUAUGAAUUGUGGUUUCGAAGACGUAAAGGUGUUGAUGAAGCUGCUCGAUAAGAACAAAAACCGUACAGAGGUGUUUGAACAGUACAGCAAACAAAGACACGAGGACCUUGUUGCUAUCGUAACAUUGGCGAAGAACAAUUACAAAGAGAUGUCUCAUGAUGUUACUUCUAAAAUGUUCCUAAUGAGAAAAAAGUUGGAUGGUGUUUUAGGAAAAGUCCUCAAGGGUAAGUGGCUACCAUUGUAUACCAUGGUAUCAUUCAGAGACGAUAUUGCUUACCACAAAGCUAUCGAAAUCUCACGCAAGCAGACAGCCAUAUUAAAACUCUUGCAAGCAAUUAUUAUUGUUGCUAUAUCAGCCUCAGGUUACAAAGCUUUCGGGUAUUUUUCUAGACUUUUUAAGCGCUUGUCAGCACUACAAAAGCAUUCAACGUGA